CCGAAAAAUGCGGUUUAUAUUCUGCGUACGUCUGGCGGUGGCAGCGGGCUUGCUCCCGUAUCGGUAUCGGUUGCUCCGUUGCCAUCAGCAUCUCGGACACGCUGCCACCCGAUUCCCAGCAAGUGGUGUACCCGCCACUCCUUCAACGUGAGAAAUCUCCCUUCCUUGGCUACUCCUACCAUGCAGGCCGAAGGUUCAGUUGCCGGUCCAUCCGACCUUGGCCAGGCCGCCCGCGCACGCGGCGGCUCGGUUGGGUUUGGGAUCACAUCCACCCCUCGCGAGCCCACCAUGGAAAUCAUCCCUGUCUUCCGCACCAUCUCCGUCGAGAUCAAGAACCCUGCCAAAAAGAAGGCCCAGGCCGCCAAGGGCAGCAAGGACUGGAAGAAGGAGGACAGCCACUCGAUCCCUCUCCCGGACUUGUAUGUCCGUCUCGGUGCCCGUCCUCCCCAGGACGGCGGCCUCCUGAGCGCCGUCGCUGCCCAGAAGCUCAAGUUCGAGGGCCCCAACACCAUUACUCCCGUCCGUGAGAACCAGGUCCUCAAGCUCCUCAGCUUCUUCUUUGGUGGCUUUUGCUUCCUCAUGUGGUGUGCCGCCUUUAUCAUCUUCCUUUCCUACUGGCCGCUUCCCCAGAUAGAUGGCCAGGCUCCGAACAUCUACAACCUCGCCCUGGUCAUCCUUCUCUUGGUCGUCAUCCUUUUCCAAGGUGUCUUCUACGCCUGGCAAGACUGGUCGUCCAACUCGGUCAUGAAGAAGAUCCACAACCUCCUCGCCCAGGACGCCACUGUCAUUCGUGAUGGCAAGUCCGUUGUCAUCCCCUCCGGCCAAGUCGUUCCCGGCGAUAUCAUCGAGCUCAAGCUCGGCGCCAAGGUUCCCGCCGACUGUCGUAUCAUCGAGUGCUCGGGCGAUCUGUCCUUUGAUCGCUCCAUCCUCACCGGCGAGGCCAUUGCCGUCAGAGGCAACACUUCGUGCACUGACCCUUCCUUCACCGAAACCCGCAACGUUGCUUUCAUGGGCACCUCCGUUGUCAAUGGCAGCGGCAAGGCCGUCGUUGUCUUCACCGGCGACAACACCAUGAUGGGCCAGAUUGCCACCCUUACUGCCAAGAAGAAGGUCGAGAAAACCCUCCUUCAGAAGGAAGUCAUGUACUUUGUCGCCUUUGUCGCCACGGUUGCCUUUAGUUGCGGUGCCAUCUGCAUGCUUGUCUGGGCCUUUGUGCUGGAUAAGCAGCCCCAGCCCCAGUUUGAUUUGAUCGGCAUGCUCGGCAACCUCUGCGGUAUCAUUGUCGCCUUCGUCCCUGAGGGUCUUCCCAUCUGCAUGUCCGUCACCCUCGGCGUCAUUGCCCGCAGAAUGGCCAAGCAGAACGUCCUCGUCAAGCACCUGACCACCAUCGAGACCCUCGGCGCCGUCUCCGUCAUCUGCACCGACAAGACCGGCACCCUGACCCAGAACAAGAUGACCGUCACCACCGUCAGCAUCUGCGGCGACUCGACCACCAAGCCCUCCAACAACAUCACCAGCCUCCUGCACCACGUUAUUGCCCAGUGCUGCGAUGCCAAGUUCCAGGAUCCCGACACCGUUGAGCUGAGCAAGCGCCUGGCCUCGGGCGAUGCCACCGAUGUUGCUGUUCUCAAGUAUGCCGAGGGCCUCGGCUCUGUUGCCAACAUCCGCGGUGCCUUCAAGAAGAUCUUUGCCAUUCCCUUCAACAGCCGCAACAAGUGGAUGCUGACCAUCCAGGACUUUGAAGAGUCGCCCGUCCCCGAGCUCGCCGGCACCACCCUGUUCAUCAAGGGCGCCCCCGACAUCCUCUUUGCCAACGUCACCAAGGCCCUGACCCCCGACGGCAAAGUCGUUCCCUUUGCCGACGUCCGCCAGCUCAUCCAGUCUGCUCAGCUCGACUGGGCCAGCCAGGGCAAGCGUGUCAUUGCCGUCGCCUACAAGAACAUCGAUGCCCAGAAGCUGCAGGCUGCCGCCCAGGUCCAGGACGGCCUCGAGCCCUUUGCCUAUGACUCGAUCAACGACCUCACCCUCGUUGGACUGCUCGGCAUCGUCGACCCUCCCAGACCCGAGACUCGCGGUACUGUCGAGACCUGCCGCAAGGCACACAUCCGUGUGGCCAUGGUGACUGGCGACUUUUCGUCCACUGCUGUUGCCAUUGCCCGCGAUGUUGGCAUCAUCACUGCCCUCAAGGUCGACACCGUGGCCAGCCUCCCCAACGCCGUCAACCGAGUCAAGAAGGUCGAAAAGCCCCAGAAGAAGUCCAUCUUCAGUAUCUUCUCGCGCUCCAAGCCUACUGCCACUCCCGUCGGCGAAGAAAAGACCAAGGCCGAGAAGAAGAUCGCCUAUCUGCGCCCCAACAUCGAAGAAAUCGAAGAAGACGGCCGUGCCAUCGUCAUCUCUGGCUCUGAACUCGGCGGCCUGACCGACAGCGACUGGGACAAGAUCUGCAGCUACCAGGAGCUUGUCUUUGCCCGUACCUCUCCCGAACAGAAGCUGCAGAUCGUCGAGGAGUUCAAGAAGCGCGAGGAGAUUGUUGCUGUCACCGGCGACGGUGUCAACGACUCGCCUGCUCUCAAGGCCGCCAAUGUCGGUGUUGCCAUGGGCGGCGGCUCCGAAGUCGCCAUGGAGUCUGCCUCGCUGGUCCUGAUCGACAACAACUUCUCUUCGCUCAUCUCGGGCAUCGAGAGUGGCCGUCUGUGCUUCGACAACGUCAAGAAGGUCAUCAUGUACCUGAUUCCGUGCGGUACCUGGUCCGAGCUGUGGCCCGUGCUCUUUGCCAUCUUCCUCGGCAUCCCCCUUCCCCUCAACGCUGCCCUCGAUCUUGUCAUCUGCUGCAUCACCGACGUCUUCCCCUCUGUGGCCUUGAUCUAUGAGUCUCCGGAGCGCCACGUCAUGACCCGCCCGCCCCGCAACCCCAAGACCGAGAAGCUCGUCAACGUCCAGAUGUUCGGCCACGUCUACCUGUUUAUCGGCUUGAUGCAGGCCACCUUUGCCCACAUCAUGUUCUCGACCUACAUGACCGAGUCCGUUGGCGUCGGCUUCAAGGACUACCUUCUGCAGUACGGCAACCUCGUCAACGAUCCGAUUGUGUUCCCCAACGGCGUGACCAUCUCGCAGGCCAACUUCCAGACGGCCCUCAAUUCGGGCAACUCGGUGUACUUUGUCUCGCUGGUGAUCAUGCAGGUGUUUGGCAACAUGUACGCCUCGCGCACCCGCUUCAACUCGAUCCUGCAGCAGAACCCCUUCUGGGGCCCGACCCGCAACCUGUACCUGCUCGUGGCCACGGUCUGCUCGCUGGCCUUUGCCGCCCUCUUCGUCUACACCCCUGUCUUCAACAACCUGUUCAUGUGCGGCCCCAUCCCUCUCAAGUACUGGUUCAUGCCCCUGGGCUUUGGCCUGAUCAUCAUCAUCAUGGACGAGCUCCGCAAGCUCGCCGUGCGCACCUACGGUCCCAAGUCGCUCAUUGCCAGAAUCUCCUGGUAA